CGCACGUUAAAAUAUCUUAGUUUUCGUCGUUAUUCUGAUCCGUUAUUAGUUGAUAUGAGAUUCAAUAUUUUUCAAGUUGUUUGCGACGUUUAAGUGCACCUCUGCGCGGGUAGUUUGUUUGUCGAGUCUUCACGCCUACAUAACUGCCGUAGUGGGUUACGAAUAACAUGGCAAUCAGACCGUUGCAUCAUCCUAAGAUCAUCAAAAAACAUCACAAAAAGUGGCAUAGACAUCAUAGUGACUUGUACAAAAGGCUGGGAGACAAAUGGAGAAAGCCAAGGGGUAUCGACAACCGAGUUCGCCGUAGAUUCAAAGGUCAGGUGCGUAUGCCGAAAAUCGGUUACGGUUCAGCAAAACGAACUCGUCAUAUACAUCCCGAUGGCUUCAAGCACGUCAUUAUUCACAACAUAAAGGAGUUGGAGGUCCUUCUAAUGCAACAUCGGUCACAUGCUGCUGUAAUCGCUCACACUGUAGCAAGGAAGAAUCGAGUCAAGAUUGUUGAACGCGCUAAGCAACUCAGCAUAAGGGUCGUUAACGCCAAUGCAGGAUUAAGGUCCGCUGAGAAUGAGUGAGUAUGCAAUAAAAAUUGGUAUGAUCAA